AUGGCAGGAAAUCCUCCCGCACCACAACAAAGCAGCAGCAGCACGAGCACCGUCAGGACCACAAAGCCCGCCGGCGGCCGCCGCUUCGUGGGAGUGAGGCAGAGGCCGUCGGGGAGAUGGGUAGCUGAGAUCAAGGACUCCUCCCAGCGCGUCAGGCUGUGGCUUGGAACCUACGAUACCCCUGAAGAAGCCGCCGGAGCUUAUGACGAAGCCGCCCGCGCCCUCCGCGGCGAGAACGCCCGCACCAAUUUCGCUUCCCCUGCAUCCCAUCAUCAUCGUCCCAAUUGUGUUGGUACUGCUGAUGGCUCCCCCGCCGUGAUCCCGAAUCCGGAGUCCCCUCCGGUCGUCGACGGCCGGCUGAGCGCCGGCAAUUUCUCGUCGUUGAAGGCGAAAUUGAGCAAGAAUUUGCAGAGCAUCAUGGCGAGGACCAACGAGAGCAAGUCCACGAAGAACAGAGUGAGCGAUCAGUUCACCUUCGCCAGUAUAUUCCAAUUGCGCGGCGGAGGGGACCAAUUCUUCCACCAGCGGAGCCAGAGCCAGAGCCAGAGCAUUGAGAAAUCGGUGCAGCCGAGCAUCGUUGUGCUUUCUUCUUCUCCUCCUCCUUCUCCUUCUCCUUGUGCUUCAGGGGAUCCGUUUUUGGAAGCGAAUUGCUUGUCCAAUUCGUGGGAAACCUCCACCAGCGUGUCGGAUUGCAGCAACGAGUGCGGCGUCGGGUUCCGGCAACAGGGGAUGGAUAUUUCGUCGGACGGAUCGGAAGUUCUUUCGUCGUCGGAGAAUCAGAUGGCGGGUCGUUGGAAUUGGAUUGAUAGCAGCUUUAUGUGCUCCGAGGAGGAGGGAUCAAGGGGUAAGAGGUUUAAGGUCUCGUCCACUGUUAUGAUCCCUCCUUCUUCAUUCGCCGGCUCGCCGUCCUUCGACCCGUCGGCGUAUCUCGGCGACGGUGAGAAUUGA